UUCAACAUGGCAACCCGAUGGGGACUCUGUGGAGCUGGGAAGAUCAGCCAUGACUUCAGCGUGGCCAUGAAGACUCUGCCUCCUGGAGAUCACCAGAUAGCGGUCAUUGCAUCGAGGAGCUUGGAGUGCGCCCAAGAGUUUGCCAAGAAGCAUGGUAUUCCUAAGGCUUAUGGCAGCUAUGAGGAACUGGCCAAUGACCCAGACAUUGACAUUGUUUACCUGGGAGUGCUGCACAUGCAGCACUGGCGAGUUGGUUUGCUCUUCCUCAACGCUGGAAAGAACGUGCUGUGUGAGAAACCUUUCGCUAUGAACUCCGGACAGGUGAAAGACCUCGUCGCUGCCGCCAAGAAAAACAAUGUCUUCCUGAUGGAGGCCAUCUGGUCCCGCUGUUUCCCCGUGCACGCUGAGGUACGCAGACUGCUGGCGGAGGAGGCAGUAGGGGAGGUGAAGCUGGUAAAGGCCUACUUCGGCUCCCCCCAGCUCCACAUCCCCCGCUCAGUGGAGAAGGAGUUGGGCGGAGGAGCGCUGCUGGAUAUUGGAGUGUACUGCCUGCAGUUUGUCCUGAUGGUGUUCAACGGAGAGAGGCCAGAGUCCAUCCAGGCCACAGGGGUGCUGCUUGACUCAGGAGUGGAUGAGUCCGUUGUCGUGGUGAUGAAGUUCUCCAGGAAGAGGAUGGCCUUCUGUUCCUUUUCAAUCGCUGCUCGACUUCCAAACGACGCUGUCAUCAGCGGCACCAAGGGCUCCAUUAGAGUUCUCGGCCCCAUGCACUGCCCCACCACGCUAGUGGUGAACGACAAGGAGACGGAGUACCCUCUGCCUGAGCCGUGCCUCCCUCUGAAUUUUACCAACAGCACGGGGCUUCGCUAUGAGGCAGAGGAAGUGAGGCAGUGCCUGCUUAAAGGACUUAAGGAGAGCCCACGGAUGCCUCUGGCAGAUUCUGUCUUACUGACAGAGAUCAUGGAUGAAAUCAGGAAACAGGUGGGAGUUGUCUUCAGCCAGGACAGCCAGUGACAUGGCUCCAAAGCCGAGCUGUUUCACCUGACCUAAACCUACUCAGAUGGAACGGAGGGAGCUGCUCGGGGCAGGCUGUGGCUCUUUGGUAUAAGCAGAUCACUCAUGGCGCUGUGUGACAAAGCCUGAGCAGACGCAGUGUCAUUGAGGAUAACAUUUUCAGCUGCCACUGAGUUAAAGAUACAGUCAGUAGAUUAUUGGAACACAGAUCUUUACCGCUGAUGUUACAGAGUUUGUUCUCUGUUAAUUCCUUACAGCAUCUAGAUGCACCAUCUAUAGCUCCAAAUAUAGUCAUUUUACCUCACAAUGUAAACACCUUGUAGAGUCCUGAAGUACAA